GGGCGACCUUUUUUUUUAUCGUCCCAUUCACUUGGGGUCUUUUCAUAUCUUGUUGAAUCUCGUUACUUGAAUCAUGGUCCGUUUAUAGUCCCAAGGCCUUACAAUCUGCAUUCGGGGCCUUUUUCAUUCAUUAUCCUUUAACCAAACGACACAGUGAAAGUGCACAUAUCCAGCAUUGCUUUCAUUAUAAAAAGGCACAAAUCUUAGACCCACCUCAGCGCUCCGUGCUUCCGCCCCUCCUACGCGCCUGAGUCACAACCUUCUUCAAUUCCACAACCAUCAGUCUACCAAUUCGCAAAUCAAUCGACCAUGGCAACUCUCAUCAAAGUCCCUUGUUCGUCCGCGAACAUUGGCCCCGGCUUCGACGUCAUUGGCCUCGCCCUCAACGUCUACCUCGAGGUCUCCGUCCAGAUCACCAAGAAGGAAAGCUCUGAACACUCCCUCAAUUGUCGCAUCACCUACGAAGGCCUCGGCGCCAAUUCCGUUCCUCUUGUUGCCGAAGACAAUCUCAUCACCCGAACAGCCGUCUACGUCCUUCGAUGCAACGGCAUCCGCGCAUUCCCCAGCGAGACCCAUGUCCACAUCAAGAACCCCAUUCCGUUGGGGCGAGGAUUGGGCUCCUCAGGCGCAGCCAUUGUCGCCGGCGUCAACUUGGCCAAUGUGGUCGGACAAUUGAACCUCUCAAAAGCUAGGAUGUUGGACUACUGCCUCAUGGAGGAGCGCCAUCCCGACAAUGUCGCCGCCGCGCUCUACGGAGGCUUCGUCGGAACAUAUCUCAGAGAACUCUCCCCCGAGGACACCGAGAGGCUUGAGAUUCCUCGCAGUGAAGUGCUGCCAGAACCUGCCGGUGGUGUCGACACCGGUCUUCAACCUCCCCAGCCGCCAUACAACAUUGGAUCCUUCAAGAAGUUCAAAUGGGCCCCAGAGAUCAAGUGCAUAUGCAUAAUACCAGACUUCGAGGUCUCCACAGCAAAGGCCCGAGGGGUCCUCCCCACGACUCUCUCGCGAGCCGACGCCAUCUUCAACAUGCAGCGCCUCGCACUUCUUACCUCCGCACUGGGAGACUCGCCCCCAGACGCAGAGGUCAUCUACACCGCCAUGCAGGACAAGAUGCACCAACCGUACCGACGGGGCCUCAUCCCCGGCCUCACCGAGAUCCUCCAGUCUGUCACUCCCCAAUCACACCCAGGUCUCCUUGGAAUCUGCCUGUCUGGCGCCGGACCCACCAUCCUCGCCCUGGCCACCCACAACUUCGACUCCAUCGCCGAGCAUCUCCUCGCAGAGUUCAAGAAGGAGAACAUCGAAUGCGACUGGAAGCUCCUCCAACCCGCGGAAGAAGGCACAACAGUCACCACUCCCUCCACGGACUCCACUCGCCCAGCAGGAGAAGCCCUCACAUACGCCUCCGCGGGCGUCAGCAUUGACGCCGGCAACGAGCUCGUCAAGCAGAUCAAGGCCUCCGUGGCGACCACCAAACGGCCAGGCGCGGACGCAGAAAUCGGCGGAUUCGGCGGGCUCCUCGACCUGCAAGGCGCAGGCUACAAGGAGCCGCCGAUCCUAGUCGGAGCCAUUGACGGCAUCGGCACGAAAGUCAAGAUCGCGUUCGAGAUGGGCAAGCACGACACCGUGGGCAUCGACCUCGUCGCCAUGAACGUCAACGACCUCGUCGUCCAGGGCGCCGAACCCCUCAUGUUCCUCGACUACUACGCCUGCAGCCGACUCGACGUUUCCGGGGCGGCCGCCUUCGUCCGGGGCGUCGCAGACGGGUGCCGACAAUCCGGCGCCGCGCUCAUAGGCGGCGAGACAGCCGAGAUGCCAGGACUCUACAAGGAGGGCGAGUACGACGCUGGCGGCGCGGCCAUCGGCGCCAUCGCGAAGGGCGCGACCAUCCUCCCGGACAUGAACGCCAUGGCCGCCGGCGACAUCCUGCUCGGCCUGGCGUCCAACGGCGUGCACUCCAACGGCUUCUCGCUCGUCCGCAAGAUCAUCGAAGUCAACAACCUCUCCUUCCACGACGCGGCCCCCUGGUCCAGCACGCCCGGCGAGACCAUCGGCGCUGCGCUCCUCGCCCCAACGCGCAUCUACGUCAAGCCGCUCCUCGCGGUGUGCUCCAAGGGUCUCGUGAAGGGAAUGGCGCACAUCACGGGCGGCGGCCUCCUCGAGAACAUCCCCCGCAUGCUGCCGUCGUCCCUCGCCGCCGAGGUCGACGCCAGGUCGUACCCGGUGCCCGCGGUGUUCAAGUGGCUCAAGCAGGCCGGCCGCAUCGCGAACGUCGAGUUCUGCAGGACGUGGAACACGGGGUUGGGCAUGAUUGUCGCGGUGUCGCCCGAGAACGCGAGACAAGUUACGGAGAUUCUGCAGGAGCACGGCGAGAGCGUGUAUGAGGUUGGAAGGCUGGUGAACAGGAACGAGGGAGAGGAAGAGUGCGUGGUGAAGAACAUGCAGGUUUGGGAGUAGAAGUGUGAGAAACCACUUGUCUGUUUGCUUGCUUUCUUGUCACGGCAUCAUAUUUAAAGGCCGAAUCAAAAUCAAUUUCCUAUAUAGUUCAAGUAAGAAAUGAUAUCUAACUCCCACGAUGAUCAACCCCCAA